AUGCCGUUCCUUGCUGAACGAUCCGUGCCGAUUCCAGGCAAAGACAUCCUGUCCUGGAUGUUCGAUGAGCCAAAAUUCGACCAGAAUAAAGCAGUCUAUGUUGAUGCCAUCGACCCAGCCAGAUGCAUUACAGCAAACCAAGCUCGAGUGCUCAUACGACAAUUGAUCGCAGGAUUCCAUGCCGCGGGAGUAAGGCCCGGAGACACGGUCUGCAUCCACAGCUUCAACAGCAUCUACUAUCCAAUUCUCUUUCUCGGGAUCAUCGGAGUCGGUGCAGUCUUUGCGGGGACGAAUCCAGCAUACACACAGUUCGAACUCAGUCACCACUUCACGACCUCCUGCACCAAGUUUGUGAUUGUCGAACCGGAUCUGUUGCCCGCAGUGCUCGCUGGGGCGAAAGAAUCCAACAUCCAGCAGUCAAACAUGUGGAUCUUCGACAACCAGAACGAAGCCAUCCCCAAGGGAUUCGAUUCCUGGCGGAUGCUUCUGAAUCAUGGAGAGCGAGAUUGGAUUCGAUUCAACGACGAGCAUGUCUCUAAGAGAACCACGGCGGCCAGACUUUUCAGCAGUGGAACCACAGGACUGCCAAAAGCCGCGGCGCUGUCCCACUUCAACCUCGUCGCCCAGCAUAUACUCGUCAAUGAAGUGCAUCCGGUUCCAUACGAGACGCGCCGGCUUCUCUACCUCCCACUGUUUCACGCGGCCAUGGUCCCAGCCGCUCACGUCGCACCCUUACGCUCUGGCCACACAAGCUACGUACUCCGUCGUUUUGAGCUGGAGCCUCUCCUCUCAUCGACCGACAAGUACAAACUCACCGAGAUGAUCCUGGUCCCACCUGUAGCUGUCGCAGUCCUCAAACACCCUGCGCUGCACAAGUAUUCCUUAAAGUCGAUCAAGGUGGUUCUCUGUGGUGCCGGCCCUCUGAGCAAGGAACACCAGAGCGCUCUCCAGACCAUCCUCGGUCCCGACACGUCAUUCACGCAGGUCUGGGGCAUGACGGAGACAAGCUGUGUGGCCUCGAAGUUCUACUACCCCGAGCGGGACGACACGGGUAGCGUGGGACGCAUGAUGCCGAACUUGGACGUCAAACUCAUCGACGAUGACGGUCGAGAUAUCACGGCCUUUGACGUCCCCGGGGAACUAUGCAUCCGCGGCCCGACGAUAAUAUCAGGCUACUUCAACAGUCCGCACGCCACGAAAGACGCGGUCGACGGGGAAGGCUACUUCAAGACCGGCGACGUCAUGUACUGCGACUCGAAGAGCAAGAAGUGGUACAUCAUCGACCGGAAGAAGGAGCUGAUCAAAGUGCGGGCGUUCCAGGUGGCGCCCGCGGAGAUCGAAGGCGUCCUGCUUGCCCAUCCACAGAUCCUGGACGCUGCCGUGAUUGGGAUCAAGAAGCACGACGAGCCGGACGUGGAGCUGCCGAAGGCGUUUGUCGUCCGCAAACCGGGCGCGUCGGCCUUGACCGAGGAGCAGGUCAAGGCGUAUUGUGGAGAGAGGCUGGCCAAGUACAAGCAAUUGACUGGAGGGGUUGCCUUUGUGGAUGCCGUUCCGCGAAACGCGACCGGCAAGCCCUUGAAACGCAUCCUGCGAGAUAUGGAAAAGGCAGAUGCUGCGAAGGGCGCGAAGCUCUAG